GGGGGCGGGGCCACGGAAGCGCGCGCCCGGCAGGUGGUGGGAGGAGCUGGAUGUAAACACGGAGAGGAAUCGGCCAUGAAGUUUUUGCAGCUCUUUGGCAGGCUGAAGUCGGUCGUCAUUGGCAUGGUGCACCUCCGGGCGUUGCCGGGCACUCCUGGUGGCGGGCUGUCGGUGGCUCAGAUUGAGGAGGAGUCGUGCAGGGAAGCGGAACUCUACAAGAAGGCCGGCAUUGACGGCCUCAUAGUGGAGAACAUGCAUGACACCCCGUACACCCUGAACGUCGGACCAGAAAUUACGGCGUCCAUGGCUGCUGUGUGUGCCGCCAUCCGCCAGACCUGCCCUGACCUUCCUCUAGGGGUCCAGAUUCUCGCCUGUGCCAACCAACAAGCGCUCGCUGUGGCCCAUGCAGUAGGACUAGACUUUAUCCGAGCCGAGGGCUUCGUCUUCUCGCAUGUCGCUGACGAGGGGAUGGUGAACGCCUGCGCCGGAGACCUUCUGCGAUACCGCAAAGCCAUCGGAGCCGAACGCAUCCAAAUAUUUACCGACAUUAAGAAAAAACACAGCUCCCAUGCGAUAACAGCGGAUGUCUCGGUGUCAGAGACGGCAAAGGCUGCAGAGUUCUUCCUCUCCGAUGGACUGAUAGUGACCGGAGUGGCCACAGGACAGGAGGCGGAUCCCAGAGAACUCCGAGAGAUCCAGCGAUCGGUUCAGAUUCCGGUGCUGAUUGGAUCCGGGGUGACGGCGGACAACGUGAAGAAUUACAUCGACGCCAACGGCUUAAUCAUCGGAUCGCACUUUAAAGAUGGCGGAGACUGGCGGAACGCGGUGAAUUAUGACAAGGUCGUGGCAUUUAUGGAUGCGGUGAAUGAGCUAAGAAAGUGA